AUGCGCAGGUAUCGGCUGCCGUACUGGGCAUUCGUGCCGACGUUAGGCGUUUGGCCCGGAGCCGCCGGAACCGGAACCGGAACUGGAUCAGCAGCAACCAUCGCCGCCGCCGCCGUCCCACCACCGUCCAGAAGAUCUGUGGCCGUGAACUUUGACAGCGGCCGAGUGACCGUGGUAGACGACGCGACAAACCGACCAGAAAUCGGUGACGCGGUUGCCGACCCACAAUCGAAGCGGCGGCCGGCGUUGGUCAAGCCGCUGCACCCGAACACGCCAAGUGUCGGAGGACCAAGUUGGCUGAGGAGGACAACAGUGGCAACGACGUCGGAUCCGAUCGUACAAGGAGCGCAGGUGAAAGACUCCACGGUCGUUGCCACUCCGAGUCCGGUCACCAAGAUAUACCUGAAACCGUCAGCCAGAGCAAAGGCCGGAAUCGGCGGCGUGGCCCUGUCUAAUCCGAUCAGCACGGCAGUGGUUCGAAGGGGUGACACGGUCAGCAUUGAAUAUCUUCCGGACGCCACUGCGGAAGCGGGCGAAGGCGGCGUUGCCAUAUCCCGACCGGAACUGGUCAUUCAUUUUAUUGACUGAAGCAAUACGCGCCCGCUAAAAGUCAUUGACGCCGCCAUAAUACCAUUAGGUCUAUAAAUUGUGCCAUACACACGCGUUUGGAUAUAUGCUAUAAUAUAUUUACAUAUACGUACCAACUAUACCUACUUAAUAUACAAUAUAAAAUUUAUAAUAAUUUUAUAUUUUAAUAUUAAAUAUCUUCAUAUAUUUUUUUAUAUCAAUAUUCGAUUCAAUUUAUAUUUUUUAAUAUUAAGUACUAGGUAUAUAAGCUUGUAUAAAUCUAAUUGUUUCAAACAUUUUAAUUUUUUGUUAGUGACUUCAAUUUUAGAAUUUACAAUACUUUUACAAAGAUGAUCUUGUAAGUCAUUUUUUUUCUUAUGUUCUGUGACAUUCUGUUAUAAUGUGUUUUAUAGUGAGUUGAAUUACGUAUAUUAUGUCGAGAGAUUGUAUUUAGCCACUAAGGAACCGUGCAUAACUCUGCAUGGCCAAAUUCUUGAUUUAUUUUAUACUGACUUAACUUUUCUAUUUUUAUCAUUAGUGGGCUACUUGUCUUGUGUACUUUUUA